UUCUACCAGAUGUGACAUGUAAACAUGGCGAGUGGGGCGGACGUCGUUCCAGCUCUUUCCGAAGUGGAAUCGGGUGUCGAGGCUCUUGCCGUGUCGGAAAAUCACGAAAACGGUGAACAAGACGGCAUGACUCAAGAAGAAACAGCUACCACGCCUGUUCAAAAUGGUGUUGAAGUUCACUGGGGUUUUACACAGCAGGAGCUCUAUCGGAUCGCCCUGAAAUUUUACAAAGAUAAGGAAGGGAAGGCAGUAAAUUUACGAUAUGCUGAGAAAUGUCAAUUAGUUGCUUUAACUCAACAAGUAACUCAUGGCCCCUAUGAUAGUAGCUCUUCACCUCCCGUUGGUGUUUUGGAUGUUGUUGGCAAAGAUAGAAGGUUAGCUUGGCAAGCUCUGGGACCUAUGAGCAGAGAAGAUGCCAUGCAGCAGUUUAUUGACAGCCUUAGUGAUCUGGUUCAAACUUUUCGACCAUAUGUGGAAGCGCUCUGGGCUGACAAGAUUGAGAAAGAAAGAAUAGCGAGAGAAGAGGAGGAAAGACGGAAGGAGGAGGAGGAACAAAGGAGAAUAGAAGAGGAGGAACGAUUACGAGAAGAGGAAGAGAGGAGAAAGCAAGAAGAGACAAAGAGGCAGAUUCAGGAAGCCUUAAAUCAACAGACGUAUGAACAGUUUCGCAACUAUGCCGAACAGCAAUUUCCUGGUAAUCCAGAACAGCAAGCUGUGUUAAUCAGACAGUUGCAAGAUCAACACUAUCAGCAGUACAUGCAGCAAGUUUAUCAACAACAACUUCUCCUUCAGCAACAACAACAUCAUCAGCAACAGCACCCAGAUCAACAAGAGCCUGAAACUACAACCGAUGUGGCUAGUCAAGAAAGUCAGACGGAGGGUGACGAGAGUCCUGUUCCUGUGGAAAAUGGUCACGAAUCGGAUGGUGAUGCAGAAUCAGAAGAUGAAGAAGGAGACACCAGUCAAGAUGUUGCACCUGCUUCCAUGUGGACUAAACGUGAUAUCCAGGAGUUUAAAGAAUCCAUUAAACGAGAAGGUGGGGAUGCUAUCAUUAAAGUUGGUCAUGGAGAAACAGUCACUGUACGUGUUCCAACCCAUGAAGAUGGUACCUGCCUGUUCUGGGAGUUUGCUACAGACAGUUACGAUAUUGGUUUUGGUGUUUACUUUGAGUGGACUAAAGACACCAGUAAUGUAGUUUCAGUUCACAUCUCAGAAAGCGAAGAUGAGGAGGAGGAAGAGGAAGUUGAAGGUGAAGGAGAUGAUGUCGAACGUUUAGCUGGUAGGAAGCCUGAAAGUGGACGACCAUCACAGUCUGUAAUAAUUCCAGUGUAUCGUCGAGACUGUCAUGAAGAAGUUUAUGCAGGAUCACAUCCGUACCCUGGUACAGGUGUUUACUUAUUAAAGUUUGAUAAUUCCUAUUCCCUUUGGCGUAGCAAGACCCUUUAUUACAGAGUUUACUACACGAGGUGAAUAGCAGUUCAGUAGAAAAUAUAUUUCCUAAAAAAGUCCUCAAAAUGCUCUCAAAUUAUGAGCAGAGGUUUAUUACUUAAGUGUUGGACCAAAGUUAUAGAUGCAUAAACCACCAGAACUUUCAUAUUUGAGUACUGUGUGAUACCUGAAAGUGUUAGAGCUGGGUUUUGGUAUUUGAAGCAUAUUUUCUUUUGUGGUUAAGUGAUAUGUAAUUUAUUACAUAAUUCAGUUGACUGCUGUAAUAGGCAUAAUAAAGUUUUGGUUUUUGUAUAUUGACUCUCAGUAAGAAUUUCUUAGGGGACACUUUUAGAUAUAGAUACACUUGCGUGUAUGGUUUGUCUAACAGCAGAUUUCUUUACUGAUGGUGAUUAUAUUUCUUAACAUUGUGUUCAAAAGUGUAGUUUUUGCCUUGUAGAAUAUUGCCAUGAAACUCUGAUCAUCAUAGUACAUUCAUUUGUAUAUAUACUGUAUAUGGCUUUCCCUUGCCCAUUGUAAAUAUCAAACAGUACAUUUCUUUACAGAUAGCUUCAAUUAUAUAGCCUUUGCAUUUUUGAUCUCUUGUUAAAUUGAAAUAAAGAUUUUAUAUGUGCAGAGUAUAAGAAUAGAUAACUGUAAGGAUCCUAUAUGCAUUAUCGGGCAUUAUAAAAAUCCUACAUGAGAGAUACUCCUAACACCUGUGGUUAUUUUUUGGCUGUUGAUAAUGCAAUAGUUAUCAUAUGCUUUUGAGACUGAAUUGAGAAGUAGCUAACACUUUUCACUAGCAAGCUCCUCUUUACCUCGGACGUACGUUAUUGCUUUGCUGAUGUUUAUAUUUUUGCUACCGAUAAGGAGAAAAAAUAAGGGCAGCAAUUUUCCUAUUUCUAUAGAGAAAAUAUUCUAAUUUAUAUUUAUUUUGGAUGUUUUGUGGCAUAAAAAGGUUUUCAGUACUGAGGAACUACAACUUUCAUUCAGCAAAGAAUUUUCAUAAGAAUUAACUUAAGGAAGAAAAAUUAACUUUUUUGUGGCUUGCAGUUAUAGAAAAAGGGAAUAUGUAAGCCCUAUGGAGCAAUUGGGAAUGUUUAAAUCUUGAAAUAUAUUAGAUCUUAAAAUAUCUAGUAUUUGUUCUGAUCAACUGCGUAGGGCAUGAUUGAUUGAACAAUAUCUUCAGUGGCUUUCUGAUUUCUGUUUUUGCUAUUAGAUCUGAAAUUGUCUCAUUUGAUUGAUGAAUUUGUGUAAAUAUUUGGAUAGUCUCUUCUGUAACAAGAUGGUCUGAUAAGUGAAAGAUAUUUCAUCUGAUUAUUAUCUUUCAUGUCCUCUAAUUCUACAUUUUUAUGUUUUUCUUUUGCAGUUAUAGACGGAAUAGUUGUGUUUAGGUGUUCUGUUACUCUUUUAUUGAAUGAAAUAAAAACAAAUGAUGGAAAUGUACCUUAACCUGGUAAUGCUGUUUUAUACUGAAACCAUGGCCUGAUAAAUUGUACAAAAUAUGAUCAGAUAAUAUUUUGAAAGAUUAGUAUUUUUAUUUGGGUUCAUAACAUAUCUUAACUAUUUGUGCUGUUGAUAAUGAUACAUCAUUGUUGAAGUUCAUUAUCACUUGCAUAAGUAAAAUGCAUUAUUUAUUUAUUUGUAGAGGAAUAAGUUUGCAUUUUAAGAAAUACUGUAAAUUGCAAAAAAAAAAACCCUUGCGAUCCAUGGACGUAUGCUGAUGGGAAUGUCAAGAGUGUCUCGUAAUGAGGAAUGGUGUUGGUAAUUAGGCUAAGGUAUUUGAUUUGAUUUUUUGUCAGUUGAGUAUGCCUAUAUCUGAAGCUGUCCAGAUCCCACGUAUGCAUUAUAGUAAAUAAAGAUCUAUUUUAUGAAAAGGUUUAGAGAUUUUGCUAGCUAUCCUAUAUUUAUGGCAUUGCCUGUUGAAUUAUCCUUAAUACACUGUCAUAUACAUACUGGUAUUCAAAGGGAAAUAAUUUUUUAUUUUCUUGGCAAAAUUUUGUCUGAUAUACAUAAUUUGGGCAAAGCACACCCUCAUUUUGUUUUGAGUUCAUUGAAAAUUAUUUUAGAUUGAUACAGAUUAUCAUCAUAUAGCAAAUUAAACUUGUUACAUGAGGUAAAAAAGAAAUCUCAAGAUCAGCACAUAAUAACCCCUCAUUGUGUAUGCAAGUAAACUUGUGCCAAGUGCACUGUAUAUGAAUUUGCCCAGUAAUGACAAGAUCAGUGUAUAAGACAUUAAUAAGAACAUACCUUGUAGCCAUUCCUAUUCUUUAUAGAAUCAAAUAUACAUACACGUCUUUCGCUACUCCAUUUAAUACUUCAAAGAAUUUUAUAGACAUUUUGACUUUUUUUUUUUUUUUUUUUCCCAACAAUAAUAGUGGGAAUUUAAUUAAUACUAGUGAUAUUUAUUGCAGCUUGUUUUUGUAUGUUGGUGUGUGUUGGGUUUCCUUGUGUGCAACUAGGCUUAUUGCAGUGAUUGUAUAGGUAAUGAAUUUCGAUUCUGACUAAUCUACAUUCGGAGUUUGAUUUAGCGAAAGAUCACCUUUUUCUUCAUUAGGAUUUUGGGUGUGAUAGUUUUCUGUUGCAGUUUAUGGAAUAUAUUUGAGACAAUUUAUCACGUAAUAUGGUGUAUAUUCACGUAUGCUCAGUGUGGAAAGCCAUGAUUUUGCCCCUUUUACACUUGCAGCUUCAACAAUAACAAAAACACUUUUACCGUUUACUUUCAUGGUUUUCUAAAUAUCUUCCUAUUUGGGUCACAUACUGUAUGCUUGAAUAAAGUUUUGUCAGAUUAUAGUGUCACACUUUGAUGCCACAUUAUUAAUAAAAUUAGGCAAAAGCAUUCCAGUGAAGAAUACCAACUGUGUUUCAGUUAAUAAAUUGGAUCCAAUUCUACCACAUCAAUUUGUAUGAUAGGUGUACUGUAUAUGUAAUCAAAUAUGCAAUAAAUAAACAAGUGUGCGAUUUCCUAGCACAUAAGUUAAAGGCAUAACCUUCAUUAAGCACGAAUUUAGAAAUUCAAAAUCCAGUUUUUAUAUUUGUGUUAAUGCAAGAAAUUCAACCCUGCAAAGUUCAUUUUAUUUUUGCCAGUUGUUGAGAUAAUGCACUGGUUGAUACACUUAGGAUUAUAUUGUAAAAUAUAUCAUAAUUCUCUUUAUGACUGACUAUUGCUUAUAUAUAGUGGUUAUGUUUCCAUCCCUUGAGACCAAAUUCUUCAGUUGGCAGCACCAAAAAUUUUAUUCUGUUCUGUAAUUCCCCUUUAGUGCAAGGGUUGGCAACUAACUUCCAACCCACCAAUUUUACAGUUGGACACAAUUACCUAAUAGUUGUUACCUAGUUUAAAACAUUAAACGAUCCUUUUAGUACAUUUGAUAUCAUGGCCGCCCUCUGAGACACUGCAGAGGUGUCUAGCAUGCUCUCUGAAAGGUUGCUGACCCCUGCAUUAGUGGGUAUCAGUUCCAGUGUACCUUGCUGGCUUAUUGUUGUUGGUACUUAGGGUUCCUUUUAGAAUCCCUUCAGCCACGACUGCAUCAUGUUUCCUGUUUUUUUCUGCUCCCAUUGGUUUGUUCCCAGUUAACUGUAUGUCUAGAUUAUCCUUGCUGUUAUUUCCAUAUCUUACUCAAGAAAAAUCUUUUGGGCAAAUCCUUUGAGACUGGAGAUGUGAUUGUGCUCCUCAUUAUGAAUUUCCUUUAGGUUUGUUAAUCUUUGGAUUAUUGACGUAGGUAUCAAAUGAGAUCAUCUGAUUUAUAGGGCAGCAUUUAAUUUCAGAGUUGAGCUAAUGUUGAAAGUGGAAUCCAUUUAAAAUUUAAACUAAAGAGAAGCUGGAUCAUUGGUUUGUCAACAAUUGUUAACAAUUAGUUUACCAAGACUGCUGUGUCACAUUUCUAGGCUCCUAUAAGGAUGACCUGUGGUACUUAAGAUGAGGGAGAUGUCCUCGGUAAGCAUAAGUUGUACAAGACUUAUUGAUUUUUGUGUAUAAAUGCUCGUAGCUUACACAGGAUGUGGUUCAUGAAUACUGUUGUUGUUAUUAUUAUUAUUAUGUUAAGUAGCUUAACCAGACCACUGAACUGUUUUGUUUAGCUCUUACGGAGCUGGCUGGUCCAUGGUUGUAACAGUAUCCAAGUAUUUUGCCAGCUUUCAUGAAAUGUUAUAUACUAUUUACUUGUGGCAUCAUAAAAGGUUGAUAUUU